AUGGACUGUGAGGUUCAGAUGGUGCAAGGCUCUGACGCUGACUCCCCUACGCAUCCCAAUGGAUCAACAGAAGUCACUGACGAGGAUGCCACGAUUCCCGUAACAUUAUACAGCUAUCAACGGUGCAAAUACAGGCUCUACUCGAUAAUUUCCCCGAUCCUCGAGAACGUGCGCUUUUUUUAUGGCACAAACAAGUCUCAGGUAGCUGAAAAGAUCGAAAAUGUCCACCAACAAUUGCUAUCCUGGUCUGCUUCACUGCCACCUGUGUUGAAGUUGAGCGGCAACGAAGAAUUAUCGCGUGCAGCUUCCUUUUCAUUGGAAAACACUUUUCGACUACAAGCUCUUGCGUUGCAGCUGGCAUAUGACAAUAUCAUGAUUGUCCUCCAUCGCCCACUACUUCUAGCCGAGACAAACAUGAACUUGCGAACAACGCGUGACGGCACUAGCUCGCUCAAGACAGCGCAGAGCGUGGCAGAAGCAGUGCGGAGGGGCGUUUUAGUCAGCAAGAAUCAAUGCUGGGAGUCGGCGCUGCGCACUUCCGAAGUCGUCGACCACAUGGAUAUUCUGGGAGUGGCAAAAGCCACGCAUGCAGCUUCAUACGUCGGGAUGCACAUGUUCACAGCAGGCAUAGUCCUCAGUGUCGUUGGUUUAUCACAGCCUACAUCUUCGGAGGCUCAAAAGGCGAAGAAAUCGAUUGGGAGCAUUACUCGUCUUUUGAGUGCCUUCGGGCCGUUUACAUUAUUGUCUGCUCAGAGCGGAAGCGUCCUGCAAACUAUGCUCAAGCUCAUAAUGCGGAGGGAGAUGGAGGAGCUACUUUAUGGGCCAGAGCAUGCCCGAAAAGGCCGAAUUUGGUCCGAAAACAUUGAUUUUACGGCGGCCACUAAGUUUGGGACAACUCAAGACCAUUAUCGUGACGGAGCAGAAGAUACUACCCAGAACACAAAUCUGGUUGCUGGCCCGUAUCCUCGCUUGUGCACCGGAUCAUCAAUGGACAAGUCAGAUGUUAUGGCAAACCUUCAAGGCCACCCCAUACCUUUAUCUAGCACAGCUGCAGGUUUACACAAAGGUCUCCGACCCGCUCAGCAAGCUGUUGCUAGUCUCCCUUACAGCGACUCUACCGACGGUCAUGGUCUGGCGAGCUGUACCAACCCAGCGGAGCGACCUAGUACCAAUCUAUCCUCAUAUCAGACCGAAGUUGCUGUUUUACAUGAAGACGCGGAUGGUGUCAGCUCGAUGUACAACGACCUGUUCGGUGGCCUGGAAGAUAACGGUCAGAUCUGGUUGUGGGACACAGAGUCAUGGCCUUCAUAA